UCUGGCUCAUCUUCAACCUUACUCAUCAGAUUCCUUGAUCCCUGGACUGUCUGACCAGAUGGACUGCUGUUUGUCUGACUCUAGGACUGGACCUGACUUUGGACACUGCCUCUGCCUCCAGGGAACAGCCUUGGAGAGCUGGAAGAUGAAAGCUCCUAUUCCUCACUUAAUUCUCUUGUAUGCUACUCUUGUUCAGAGUUUGAAGGUUGUGACCAAAAGGGGCUCAGCGGAUGGAUGUACUGACUGGUCAGUGGAUUACAAGAAGUAUCAAGUCUUAGUGGGAGAACCUGUUCGUAUAAAGUGUGCAUUGUUUUAUGGAUAUAUAAGAGCAAAUUACACCCUAGCACAAAGUGCUGGACUCAGUUUAAUGUGGUACAAAAGCUCUGGACCUGGAGAUUUUGAGGAGCCUAUAGCUUUUGAUGGAACUAGAAUGAGCAAAGAGGAAGAUGCCAUUUGGUUUCGUCCAACAGUGCCCCAAGACAGUGGGCUUUAUGCAUGUGUCAUAAGAAACUCUACUUACUGUAUGAAAGUAUCCAUUUCGCUGACAGUGGGUGAAAAUGACACUGGCCUCUGCUACAAUUCAAAGAUGAAAUACUUUGAAAAAGCUGAACUUAGCAAAAGCAAGGAAAUCUCAUGCCCUGACAUACAGGAUUUCUUAAUACCAUAUAGAGAGCCAGAAAUCCUGUGGUAUAAGGAAUGCCAAGCCACAACCUGGAGGCCAAGUAUUGUAUUCAAGAAGGAUGUUCUUGUUAUCCAGGAGGUCAGAGAAGAUGACAUUGGAAAUUACACAUGCGAAUUAAAAUAUGGAAUGUUUUUUGUCAGAAGAACUACGGAAUUAACAGUUACAGCACCACUAACAGAAAAACCACCAAAGCUUAUAUAUCCUUCAGAGAGUAAACUGACAAUUCAGGAGACACAGCUGGGCCAUUCUGCUAAUCUAACCUGCCGAGCGUUCUUUGGAUACAGUGGAGAAGUCAGCCCUUUAAUGUACUGGAUGAAAGGCGAAAAGUUUAUCGAGGAUUUGGAUGAAAGUCGGGUUUGGGAAAGUGAUAUUAGAGUUCUUAAGGAACAUCUUGGGGAACAGGUUUCCAUCUCAUUAAUGCUAGAUUCAGUGGAAGAAGACCUCGGAAAUUACUCGUGUUAUGUUGAAAAUGGAUAUGGCCGCAGACUUGCUACCGUUAUUCUACUUAAAAGGGAGCUGAUGUAUACAGUUGAGCUUGCUGGCGGGCUUGGUGCUAUUCUGCUGCUACUUGUUUGUUUAGUGACUAUCUACAAAUGCUACAAGAUUGAGAUUAUGCUAUUCUACAGGAAUCAUUUUGGUGCUGAAGAACUAGAUGGAGAUAACAAAGAUUAUGAUGCAUACCUGUCAUACACCAAAAUGGAUCCUGACCAGUGGAAUCAGGAAACGGGGGAAGAAGAAAGAUUUGCUCUUGAGAUCCUACCAGAUAUGCUCGAAAAGCAUUAUGGGUACAAAUUGUUCAUUCCUGAUAGAGAUUUGAUUCCAACUGGAACAUACAUAGAGGACGUGGCAAGAUGUGUAGACCAAAGCAAGCGACUGAUCAUUGUCAUGACUCCAAACUACGUAGUAAGAAGAGGCUGGAGUAUCUUUGAACUGGAAACAAGGCUUCGGAACAUGCUAGUUACGGGAGAAAUUAAAGUGAUACUGAUUGAGUGCAGUGAACUUCGGGGAAUAAUGAACUACCAGGAGGUUGAGGCCCUGAAACAUACCAUCAAACUCCUAACUGUUAUUAAAUGGCACGGACCAAAAUGCAACAAGUUGAAUUCCAAAUUUUGGAAACGUUUACAGUACGAAAUGCCUUUUAAGAGGAUAGAACCCAUCACACACGAGCAGGUUUUAGAUGUCAGUGAGCAGGGCCCCUUUGGGGAACUGCAGACGGUCUCAGCAAUUUCCAUGGCUGCUGCUACCUCCACGGCUCUUGCCACGGCCCAUCCUGAUCUGCGCUCCACCUUUCAUAACACGUAUCAUUCCCAGAUGCGCCAGAAACACUAUUAUCGAAGCUAUGAAUACGACGUACCUCCUACUGGCACCCUGCCUCUUACCUCAAUAGGUAACCAGCAUACCUACUGCAACAUCCCUAUGACACUUAUUAAUGGGCAGAGGCCACAGACAAAAACUAACAGGGAACAGAAUCCUGACGAGGCUCACACAAACAGUGCAAUACUGCCACUCCUACCACGGGAAACCAGUAUAUCAAGUGUCAUUUGGUGACAUAAAUGCAAGGGGGAACUCGCCCCCCUUGUGUAGAAGCUAAGUCUGCAGUCUGGUGCCUGGAACUACAUCCUCGACUGCUGCUGUUAAACAUGCAUUACAAUCUAUGAAAUAUGAGGAAAAACAGGGUCUUGUACAUAUGUUUUUGCAAAUUUCUUUGUAGCAUCAGUCUUCCUGUUUUACCCAUGUCUCCUGCCAUUCACAUUUUGACUUUGUUUUAUAUGUCAUUGGGAUUUGUAUAUUUACAUUUUUUAAAAAAAGAGAAAAAAUGAAGAGACUGCUGUAUAGAUAGGAAAACCUUUUUGCUUCAUUAGUAUAGUUUGAGUGUUAUUUUUUAAAACAUUUAUUGGGAAUGCUUGGGCAAAGUUAUGUUGAAUCCAGAAGCACUAUCCAUUUGUUGGCCCGCCUAGCCUGAUUCCCAGCGGCCAUGCUUGCAGCAAUUCACCAGUGUGCGUGUGUGCGUGUGUGGGGAGGGGGACAUUUGUUCUUAGGAAGACCCCACUAAUGACUCAUAGCCCUAUCUUCAUUCAUUAUCCCACUGCUACACUUUACCCCCUUACCCUCGCCUUUUUUACAGCACCACACAGAGUGAAAUUACAGGUGGUCUAAAUGUCUUAACAUUUCACAUAGUUAAUAGUUGUGGAACAAAACAAAACAAAAUAAAAAUACACAACCCAGUCUGUAUCACUUGGUUCACAAUAACCACUAUGGAGUAUGUAGAAAGAAAAAUAGGGUGUUAUGCUUUAUUUAAUGAGUUGGUUGUAUUCCUUUUAUAUAAAGAUAAUAACAUGCCAACUCUAAUUCAUUCAGUUCCUGAGAAAGUGUUGGAUGUGUUUGUGACUCCCUCCCCCACUCCGAUUUUGGUUGGGACCAGUGGAUUUCUUUCUUGCUUUAAAUUCUUCAAAUGAGAUUAUUUACAUUCAUCAGGCAAGUAUGGCAAUAGGCACUGAAGUGCACUAAACCCCGCAGAGAUUUACGGUGAUGGCUUCCAAACCAAAGGAAAGCAGAAGGACAAUAUCUAAUAUGGUUUGUCACAUUGUAUUAUGAAAAAGUUGUCUUUUAAGAAGUAUGAGAAAAUUCUUUUGCAGCCGAUUUGGAGUCCCCGUGUAUAUUAAAGUUCGGUCAUUGCCUUUUCUUUUUGCUGAUA